UUCUUUAAGCAGUGCCCUCAGCUAUUCCCAUUAUAUUCUCCUAUAUAUACAUCUGUGUUUUUUUUCCUUUAUUUGGGUUAAUAUCGUAUGAAAAACAGACAUUAUUAAACUUGAUUACGCUGUACAUACUCAUUAUACCGCUUUAGUGUUUAAAUCCGCUGCACGUAAUUGCUAAUUUACAAACAAGUCUAUAAAUGUAACAAACGUACAUCGAUUGACAAAACAUUAAGUUUUAUUCAGGACAUUUCCACUUCAACAUGAAUACUCCCUUUGCGGUCGUCAUACUACCCCCACUCCAGACAGGGCGGGUCACUAUCCGUCUUUCUCUUUGAGUGGCUUUUAGUCUAACCAAUCGGAAGGCUGGUUACGCCGCCAAAGGCGAUUACGUCAUAUACACGCCAACCAGAAGUUACAGGGGGCGGAGCGCUGUAAAACUUCCCGCGAAACAGCUGUUGAUCAGUGGUGCUUACAGGCUCAUAUGUAAACUUUAAAACGGGGUGAUUUUUUUUAACUGGUUGUGUUUCAAUCUAGUACAUCAAUAAGAGAAAAUGGAGCAAGAAGUAUUUGGAAGGUUGGCAUCAAAAAUGGGUAUAACAUCUGAUAAAAUACUGACUAAAGCUCAAGAAUACCUUCGGCUGUCCCAGAUAAAAUGUCCAGGUCUUUCCUCACACACGACUGCAACAAGCAAGGCAGUUGUGUGUUUAGAGCUGGCUGCGACUGCAACGAAACACCCACUGGAUAAAGAGUACGUCAUCAAAUUGUCUGGAUUAAACAAGAAGAUGUAUCAGAGCCUUUUGAAGUCCAUGGAGUGCUUGCUUGGUUUGGAAUCUCAGAUAGGCCUUAGAGACUUAGCUGUGCAGUAUGGGUGUAUAGAUGCUGUUACUACUGCUGCAAAAAUAUUGGAAAGAUAUGAAGCCAGCCUACCUGAAGCACAGCAGAAAGACAUUGAUUUAUCAAAGCCACUCUUCACAACAGCAGCUUUGCAUACAGCUUGCAGAUGCAUGAAGAUCAAAGUUGAUAAGAAGCUGGUUGCCAUGUCUGGUGCAGGGAAGCGUAUCUUUGACCGACUUUGUGCUCAACUGGAGAAAUUUGGACAACAGAUCUGCAGUGAGUGCAUUCAACAGAAUGAACAAACAAAAACAGCGAGGAAAAGACAGAAAACAUUGUUGGAGUGCAUAAAAGAAAAAGAAGAAGAGGAGACAUUAACUUCUCAUAAGCAGCAAAAGAGUAAUUCUGAGGAAUGUGUGCAGCAGGAUUAUGAAGAAUGGAAGAGAAGGAUUCUUGAAAAUGCACUGAAAGCCAAGAAAGUCGAUACCUAAUCUGCAGAAGUCUUACUUGCAAUUGAGUUUUUAAUUUGAUGUUUUAGUUGAGGCUGUAAAAAUUGCAUUCAUUUUGUGAUUUAAUAGGAUUAUCUUUUAUCUGUUAUACGUUGCUUUUAAGUUGUUUUUCACAUGGAGCUUUUGAGAUUGCUGACAGUGGGCAGAACAAUUACAUGCGUACCAUAUGGCAUGAUUUAAAAAAAAAGUAAUUGUGUUCUGCUGGUGGCAUCUCUACAACUGUUUUUUAUACUUUAGUUUUAUUAAGUGACACUUCCAGGAAGUGUUCUGAAUCAUCAUUUUUUACUUAUUUGCCUUUUUAACGUUUCGGUCUUUAAUGUGCUUGGUUGUUUUAGCUUUG